UCUGCAGAAAUUCGGAUCUGCCCUGCUCUGCUUCUUCCGCCCACUGCUCUGCCGUGUGUGGGGGUGAGUUUCUCGGUUUUUCUGUGGCGUGAAAGCUCCUCCAAUUUCCCGCCGGCCUUCCCCUCAAUCUGCAGCUCCGGUUUCUUUGCUUGCAAAUUCUGGUAUGUUGACAGCCCCUCCAAGCUUGAAAUCUCAUCAAUUGGUUGAUAAAUUUAUGCCCCAUGUUCUUGAUCGUUCUGUCAGUUUAGCACUGAGAUCGAGUCUUCGAUUUUAUGUGAGUGAAGUGAUUGUGAAUUGUGAUUUUUCUGUUAACUUCUGCCUGUUUUGUCUCCGAUAUGGUCAUGUUAUUCGUGUGCGUGCUAGUGGGAGGUUUAUAAACGCUAGCACAUGUCGACAUGUUACUGAUAGAACCGGUUCGUUUCUGUUAUCCUGUUAGUCGGAUUAUACACUAGUAAAUCGUGUGCCUGCUAGUGGGAGGUUUAUAACACUGGCCAUGACCUAUAGAGGAGACGUUUAUUUCGUUUCCGUACUCAUACCUGUUUUUCGUGAUUAUAUUUGUUGGCAUGCUAUAAGUUUAAUAAGGGGCACUCCAUAUUUUACUUACUAAGUUUAUCUCAUAGUUUUUCUUUGUCCACCAUUUUAGGAAGCAAAACCGAGGACAGGGAAACCACGGGAAGUGACGAGUUAAAAGGCUAGCCAUUUUGAGAUUGAUAUAGAUUUUAGAUAUAAAUCAUGAUCUUGUAAGCUAGAGUGUAUUUGGAGAUUUUAUGAUAUGAGAGCAAAUUUGAUCUUUAGAUUUUGAUGGUAUCAGAUUGUGGUGUGAUAAGUUCUGAGCCUUGUGCAUUUGUGGGUCCCUCUCACGAGUGUACGGCGUCUGUCGUGUCCCCAGAUUUGGGUUUUGGGGCAUGACACAUUUAAUGUUAAAUAACAACCGCUAACCAUU